AUGUACUAUGUGAUUCUCGGUGUUUCAGUAUGGACUGGCUUCAGAACGAAAUCUCCAUUAAAAACUCCCAACUCUCACACUGCCAACAAUUUAAUACGUAUGCCCGACCGCUGCCUGUCAAGAAGAGCCAUGCUUUCUACUUUUUAUCCUUUUUGGUCUUCAGUUCACAGAGGACAGAUCAUGACUCUCCCUAUUAUGGUAUCGGAUGACUCGACGUCUGAAGAAGAUCUGGACCAGCCCGUGGUUUCACAAGUGAGAAAAGUCGCUCUUACCACAUUCCCUCGGCAUUGGGAUACUUUACCAAUCCAGCAUGUCACGACAACGGGAAUAAGCCACAAAUUUUCUGAUGCUUUUGCUUCGCUUCACCUUCAGGCAGAAUACUGGUGGCGAAAAACCAAGCCUGCUUAUGACGGGUUUAAAACGCAGUGGUUAAAGCACUUUGGCCUGGAAGAUGACCGACACGAGUUGACCGAAUAUCAACUGGUGCGGGAGAUCCUUUGGGUUUUGUUAGGUGCUCGCUCUUCUUUCAUUUUUUGUGUGUUCUAUCACCCACACAAGUUGUUCGCCAAUCGGUUUUCUCCUGCUUCCCGUGUAAGUUUAGCCAAUAUGGCCUACCCGACACUGGACUCCCUCUUAAUUUUGUUCGGUCGUUUUGCCAGUUUAACCUUGCUUCUCCGCACGUUUGUACAAUUUAUUGAGAACACCGCUGCUUCUCUUCAUCCCUGCCUCGUUGCUUUCGGUACAUGUUUGGGCGACUACCUCGGUGAAUUUGAUCAGGUUUUACAAACGCUUGAAACUGAAGCUCGUGGUCCCGAAACAUUCACUCUUACCACAUUGUAUUUCAAGUUGUUAUUGUGGGAUCGUCGGACAGAUAUUCUUGCAAAUUUAGUCAGUCGUCUAACUGCUGGUCAUACAUCCAGCUUGCAGGAGGCCAACGUACACAUUCGUCUAUUGAACUUGCUAUAUUACGUGGCGAACACAUUUGGUGACUGCAGUAGCGAUGUUUCAUUUCUGGAUACACUGAACACCUUCUUUUUUCGUACUUUUCUACCCUUUAUGUAUACAACAGUGCAGCUCUUGUCCGGAUGUGCUUCUAUGUUGGAGUAUUCCCAUUCCCUUUUCCCCAAUGCGAAGGACUCCUGUGCAGUGACGGAUCCCGAUUUCUGUCAACGAGCAUUCUUUGGUGAGCCGACUGCAAUAAACUCGCUCAUAUCAUCGAAUGGCGAUCAAGUUCCCGAAAUUUUCCAUUCAGUUUUGGAUGAGUUACUUUCCGGGCUGAAAUCCCUCUGUAUCCUCACUGCUUUAGCUGCUGGAGCUUCCCAAUCAUCCGUCUUGGGACCGAUCGUCUUGAAGACGGAAGACAUUUUUGUGCAUCUUACAGCACCUGUCGUACAACCACAGAAAAGCCAUGCAACCAAUGGCCGAAUUAUACAUAAUGAUGACCAUAUUGCCUCGGUCAAAUCGUGGGUCGAACCAGAUAUUCUCUCUCUUCGUCAGGAGUUGAUCGAUUCUGUGAGAACGCCCGUGGCGCAAGAAACGAGACCCGGACAUACCAGUUUCAGUGAGUUCACUCGAAACAAUGACCAUCUAAACUUACUGCAAAAAAACUUGAAACGUUUCAUCGUUGAGCGCAGUCGUACACUCAACCAGCACCUGAUGCGCAUGCUACUGGAGCCCAGUCCUGUUCAGUUCGGAUCCCAUCGAAGUCUUGGAACUGCUCUAGCUGCGGUUGGGGCUGUUUAUCUGUUUGGCACAGGUGAUCGAGUGAAUGACUUUUCGCGUCAACUUUUUUCGCACAUUUUCAAUUCAGAACCCUGGUAUCGUGAUUUGGUGGGCCUCACAUUACGUCUACGAUCGCAAUUUGAGACACACCUGGUGCCAAAAUUUUUGUACCGGGAAAUAUCUAUGUUCACUUUUGCUUCUAUCUCGCAGUCAGAUUUAGGUGGGUCCACAGCUGUUGAGCAAACCCUUCGUUGUUUCAGUCUGGUUCAUCUCACCUACUGCACCACUUGGCCGGUCAACAUCGUCCUUACGGAGAGCAACCUCACAACGUACAAUAGCAUAUUCACCUUCAUGCUAAAGAUUAAAUAUGCUAAGUGGAGCCUGGAAACGCUUCGCUUCCCCCAACUCGACUACUUGUCUUCCAUCGACCCCGACACCUAUCACCGCAUGUUGCUACUGCGCUUGAAUAUGCUCUACAUUUUCACUGGUCUACACGAUUUUCUUAUGCACCGUAUCGAGGCGCUACGCGUGAAAUUCGCACAGCAUUGGCGUUUACCAGGUUGUUCGCUCACCCCAGCAUCCGAUACGGGCUCGGCUGUACCGUAUGGUGACUUGCCCGAACUAAUCCAAUCGCACAAUGUUUUGCUUCAUACACUCCAGUCUGUUUGCCUGUUGACCGAGUCGUCUUCAAUGCUGCGGACCGAAAUUGAUAAUAUCUGUCAAAUGGCCUUCACACUCAAGACUCUGUGGUCGCCAUCUCACUCCAGGCCGCUUGAUUUGGCACCAAGACUGACACAAUUAGCCAGUCUUUUUCAUAAUCACGUUAAGUUCUUGGCCCGCUUGUUUUACGGUUCUGUGCGCUUGAGCAACGUGAAGCGCUUGUUACCCUUAGCCGAAACUUUUCGCCUAGCUUCAAACUUUACCAGCCGCAUUCGAAACAGCGAGCAUGACUCGCGUACCUCUGAACAUUCAAAAGACGACGAUGGUACACUGGCCCCCUUACCCUCGGUUACCAACAACGUUGCAACGCGAUUUGCCUCUCGUCCCUCCCAGUCGCUCCGGCACAGUUUGGGUCGUCUCUCCUUACGUGGGCGUGCUGUAUGGACUUCGCAACGGACAAGCAAACUUUUCGAAUUGCUUACUCGACCAGCUCUCCUUUUCACACCUAGUCGUGGCAUUCGGUUGCCUUUCGCUCUCAAGAAAAGCGACGGAGAUGGAGCCAGAUCGCAUCGUCUGUCCAUUCGCAAACGAAAUCAGCCAAUUGAUCCUGAUCCCUGUCUACUUUCGCUAGACGGUCUGCUUGAUUGUCUCUAUGCCAUGAGUAAUUUGGUCGAUCAGGUGUAUUACGACUGCAAAGAGAAUGAGGAUGACCAGACGGAAACUCAUAGCUACGAUCACUCGCCAACCUUAUUGGCAGCCAAUUUUUUUCGAAAACGCGUAAAGCCUGCUCUGACCCGGUUGAACGAGAUGCGUGUCCAGUUAUCCGACUUCAAGUUGGGGAAGUUUAUCGGUCGAGGGGCUUGUGGUGUAGUACGCGUUGUUCACGAGGUUGCACCACCAGGGUCGGUGUAUGCGAUGAAAUCACAGUACAAGGGUGCAUGGUUGCAUCACGACCCGGAGGGAUCCCAGCUGAUGUUGGAACGCACCGUUUUGGCACAGGCAGCCGCAAUCGAAAAUCCAUGGUUACCUCAUCUGCAUUACGCGUUCCAAGACGAGAAACAUCUCCACUUGGUAAUGGAUUAUGAGCCUGGUGGUGAUUUGUACAUAUUUCUCAGCAAAGUUGGACACCUGUUGGACGCGGAAAUGAUUGCAUUCUACGCGGCAGAAGCUAUUGAAGCUAUACACUCAUUGCACCGCAUGGGUUAUAUUCACUGUGACCUAAAGCCGGAGAACUUUGCCAUCGAACGCAGUGGUCACCUGAAGUUGUUGGAUUUCGGGUCAGCUAUUCGAUUAGACGCCGAUGGUAAAUGCGUUUGCCCUACUAUGGUGGGCACCAAAGAGUAUUUGAAUAUCGAACUUCUUCGUCAGAGGGGUCGACACAACGAAGAACCUCUGCUGGUUGGUCCGGAAUAUGACUACUGGGCCAUUGGUGUUCUGCUCUACGAACUGUUUUACAGUCAAACUCCAUUCUACGAUAAAGAUGAAGAUCUCAUGAUGCAAAAGAUUGUUGACUACAAGAAAACGCUCAAGUUUCCGUCCAAUGUGCAAAUCCCGGACAAUGCCGUCCAACUCAUACGUUCUCUGAUCACCAGCCCUUCUAAGCGGUUGACCUAUGAUGGUUGUGUUCGGCACUCCUUUUUCAAGACUAUUGAUUUUACAACCCUGCGACAAACCACACCACCAUAUCUGCCACCUGUCGGAGAGUUGGAUGACGUGUCGAACUUUUCCGGUGGUGGUUCGCGAACUCGCGAUGAACUCAUAAUGGAUGUAUCAACAAAUGAAACAUUCUCUCCAAUACGAAUGAAAGAGACAGCCCGCGAGUCCCUCCACCCGUCAGUCGUGGAUACCACCUGCAACCUAGCGGAAGCAGCUGAAGUCACUCUCUUGACGCAGGAACGUACCCAUCCAAGCGAUGGAGUUGACGAAAAGAUGUUUGAUGAAAACACCGAUCCUAUGGUCAAUGAGUCUCAUGCGGUCGAUGAUAAAUUGGAAACACCUCUUAACAAUAGAGAGGCGAAAGUCAAGGCCAUUCGUGAGGCCGCCGCCAUAUCAAUACCGGAAGAGUUUGAAGAGAUAGAAGAUGUCGAAUGGGAUGGAUCAGAUUGCGUACGCAACUUACCCUUCGUUGGCUACACCUUCACUCCGGGUCUAGUGCUUCUACGCAAGCUAACCAGUGGCCAAGCAGCAGCAGUUGCCGCCGCUGGCCUUGGGACUGCUAUGCUAAAUGUGACGAACACUACUCUACCUCUUACACGUCAACAGACCAUGCGUACUACAACUUCUCACCUUCAACUGCUUAAUGCCACGGUCACUGAGGCUGUGAAUACAACGGGACCCUAUCUGAAUAUCACGGAGAAUCCGCCGCUCGAAUUGUGUGGGAAGUGGUCAGAAUUAAGACAACUCUGCGACGUAUUGGAGAAUCAUGCCAGAUCCCUUGAGCCGGAACAUUCCGAGCACCUUCAGACCCUUCGCAAACGUUUGAUUGACGCAAUCGAAGACUCCUCAAAUCUGGUGGCCUUCGGGGACGCCAUUACCGCAUGGAUUGCUCAAGAGAAAUACACUUUUGAAGUCCUUGAACGUCUCCGAAAUGAAAACGCCUGUCUUCAACGUACUAAUCAAGCAAACCAAAGCUACCGCGCCCAGUUGGAAAAAGUUCGACUCGUUCUGUCUCGUCUGGAUUCGCUCCCAAAUGACUUCGUUGAGAUCGAUUUGUCUGAACUGCUACGAACCAUGUGCCCAAAUACACCAGCCACACCAUACUCAACCGGAACCGAUGAUUGUACCAAGACCAGCCAAUCAGACGCUGACCUGUUGGUACAGCAAAUAAUCGGUUUGGUCCAGAAACAACUGAAGCAAUUCAGAUGUCGUGAGGAUGAAUGUCGUGCAGCGUUGGAGGCGGCGAAUCGAGAACGCAAAGAAAUUUGGGAGGCUUCUUUACAACAAAUGGGCACACUUGACACAAUGGUUGCCGAUCAGCGUCAACUACGUGCUUGUGAAACGAAUUUGAAACGAGAAAUACAGGAGCUCAGGCAGAAACUUCUCAACGAAAAGGACUAUCAAAGAGAUCUGCGUAAUCAAUGCUUGCAGUAUGAGGAUAAAUACUUUUCCAUACGUGACAGACUGGAAGAAGAAAAAAAGCGAUGCUCUGAUAUGCAAGCACAACUGCGAGAACUUACGAUGAACAAGGAUGCAGCCGAAGCAUUACUUCGUGAAACUAAUUUGAAACUAGACAGAUUGCAACAUUCGCAGGACAAUGCGGUCAUCGACCAUCUUCGAAGCGAACUGGAAUUAGUCAAAACACAGCUUCAGCGUAGCGAGAUAGAUCGAACAAGUGCCGAACAGCGAGAACAGACUGUGCGCGAUCAACUAUCCGAUUGCGAACGCCAGCUGGACAAUAGUCGACAUGAAGCGAAUCUUCUACGUGAUCGUUACGAAAGGAUGAAAGAGGCUACAGCCGAACUCGAGGCAUGUCUCCUCAGACAUCCCGUUCGCGAUGAUCGAUCCGAGGUCACAGCUCUACGUCGACAAUUGGUUGAGUCUACCGAUCAAAUACAUAGUCUCAAAGGUGAAGUAUUCCAACUGCAAACCCAGUUGGAGCGACUCCGAGUGAAUAACACUCAGUUGGUCAACCAGCGGGACGAAGCAACUGAACAGGUUCGUCUACUGAACGAUGCGCUUUCACAAGAGAAAGAACUGGUUGAAGUUACCCAGCAAGCGUCAGAGAAUGAGAUAUUCCGUCUAAAUACCAUAACCAAACAGCAGGGCAAACUCAUCGACCACAUGUGUGGUUUGCUGCCACCGGAACAUCAACUGCCCAUGCGUCGUUUGGCUAACGCGGGUCGCUCCGGUCUGGUUCACGAUCCUUCGGUGUUGUUUGGCACAAAAAGAUCGAAUGUGAAAGCGCUUGGUCAUCAUGCUUUCAAGACAAGCGGCCGGCGUUCGCGUAAACCGGGUCCUGACGAAAGUGAUCCGUCAUCUUCAGGUGCUGGUCCACUCAUCGCUGCUGCGUCGGCUUUCUUUGGACGUCGGCGUCCAACUGGACCCGGAAAAUCUGAGCGAAUCUUGUCAGAGACGGAUGACAAGUCCUCCGGUCCGCAUCCAUUCACAAAACAACCUAGUCGCUUGCAACGUAUAGUGCGUAAAAGUCGACUCCGCUUCAAGAGGCGUACCUGUGUCCAGUCGCGUCCAACUGAACCAGCUGCCAUCGAGAGUGACCAAGUAUUUACCGAGGACGAGGAUGGAGAUGAACAAUUCGGUUACUAUUCACCUGAUCCGGCAAGCGACUUUGACAGUGACCUACCUUAUCGGUCUGUGCCUUUUCAAGGGGAACGGGUGGCAGCUGCAACGCCCCAGUCCGGUGGCACCGCAGAUCCACUAUCAUAUGAAGACAGUAUUUCGUCGGGUCCCAGCACCACAAGUUCUGCCCCAUCGGGACAGAUAAUCGAAUCCAAUCCGAAAAGUAGUUUCUGGCGCCCCCAACGCUCUAAACUUCGCGUUGGUUGGGCUGAAGGUUCACGUGAGGCUGAACUGAUCUCGAGUCCUUCAAUGCUGAAUAAUCCCGGCAAGACCGUAUUUCACCCCUUUUCUGGAAUACCACCAAAUACCCCAUGUUGA